CUUUCAGAGUUUUUUGUAGAAUUCAGAUAGACUUUAUUACAAUCAAUAUAGCCGAGGUGGUCUGCAGAGCAUCUAACUUUCCACCUCUCAGCUCUCAGUUUACACAGUCAAUUUACAUACAUUUUAGCUUAAUCCCUCCCUCUUUGGUUCCUCCACCACUGUCUCCAGUUUUCACCUCUUGACCGCUCCGCCCACUUCCUUAAUGGCGGUAUCUGACUUCCCUCCCUUCUAGUUCCGUGUCUGGAAACAAUAGUGGUGGGACCAAGCCCUGUCAUGCAAAAAUAACAGCCCUGUCAUGUAAAACAUAACAGCCCUGUCAUGUAAAAAUAACAGCCCUGUCAUGUAAAAAUAACGGAGCCCUUUCCUGGCUCCGUUCUGACCUCCAGACCUAUCAAUCGAUACUUAAACAUGGCAGGUCCAUAAUCAAUUUCUCAAACAUAUACCAGCCUCCUCCCUCUCUACCACCCAGUCCAAAACGCCCCCGUCAUGUUGUGAUCAACCAUGUUUAGUCUGAACUCUGUUCAACCCCUGGCUCCGUUCCAGGACUAUGCUAAAGAGAGAGACAAAGGGCAACAGUCUGGUUUCAGUCACUGAUAAGGCUUAGAGUGGAUUAGAGAGGAAGAGAGGAGCUUAAAGAGAGAAGAAACAGUUUACUGAGUCUGAAAAGAUCCACACUAUAGUCCACUGAAAAAUCUUCAUAAAACAUUCUUCAAGCUCUGUCAAGUUGGUUGUUAAUCAUUGCUAGACAGCCAUUUUUCAAGUCUUGCCAUAGAUAUUCAAGCCGAAUUUAAGUCAAUACUGUAACUAGGCCACUCAGGAACAUUCAAUGUCGUCUAAGUAAGCAACUCCGGUGUAUAUUUGGCCUUGUGUUUUAGGUUAUUGUCCUGCUGAAAGGUGAAUCUGUCUGGUUGAAAGCAGACUGAACCAGGUUUUUGUCUAGGAUUUUGCCUGUGCUUAGCUCUAUUCUGUUUAUUUUUAUCCUAAAAAACUCUCUAAUCCUUGCCGAUGACAAGCAUACCCAUAACAUGAUGCAGCCACCACCAUGCUUGAAAAUAUGAAGAGUGGUACUCAGUGAUGUGUUGCGUUGGAUUUGCCCCAAACGUAAAACUUUGUAUUCAGGGCAUAAAGUUAAUUGCUUUGCCACUUUUUUGCAGUAUUACUUUAGUAACUUGUUGCAAACAGGAUGCAUGUUUUGGAAUAUGUUUUAUUAUGUACAGGCUUCCUUCUUUUCACUCUGUCAUUUAGGUUAGUAUUGUGGAGUAACUACAAUGUUGUUGAUCCAUCCUCAGUUUUCUCCUGUCACAGCCAUUAAACUGUAACUGUUUUACAGUCACCAUUGUCUUCAUGGUGAAAUCCCUGAGCGGUUUCCUUCCUCUCCGGCAACUGUGUUAGGAAGGACGCCUGUAUCUUUGUAGUGACUGGGUGUAUUGAUACACCAUCCAAAGUGUAAUUCAUAACUUCACCAUGCUCAAAGGGAUAUUCAAUGUCUGCUUUUUUUUAUACCCAUCUACCAAUAGGUGCCCUUCUUUGUGAGGCAUUAGAAAACCUCCCUGGUCUUUGUGGUUUAAUCUGUGUUUGAAAUUCACUGCUCGACUGAGGGACCUGACAGAUAAUUGUAUGUGUGGGGUAAAGAGAUGAGGUAGUCAUAAAGAAAUCAUGCUAAACACUAUCAUUGCAGACCAAGUGACUCCAUGCAACUCAUUAUGUGACUUGGUAAGAACAUUUUUACUCCUGAGCUUAUUUAGGCUUGCCAUAACAAAGGGGGUUGAACACUUAUUGACUCAAGAUAUUUCAGCUUUUCAUUUUUAAUUAAUUCAACUUUGACACACAUCACUUUGUGUGGAAGGCCAGUGACACAAAAUCUAAAUGUUAUCCAUUUUAAAGUCAGGCUGUAAAACAAGAAAAUAUGGAAAAAGUCAAAAGGUGUGAAUACUUUCUGAAGGCACUGUAUAUAAUAUGACACUUAACAGACACUUUUAUUUUUUGGGGGGCUAUACCUGUAUGGUUGUGGUCAGUAGUUGUGGUCAGUAGUUGUGGUCAGUAGUUGUGGUCAGUAGUUGUGUGGUUGUGGUCAGUAGUUGUGGUCAGUAGUUGUGUGGUUGUGGUCAGUAGUUGUGGUCAGUAGUUGUGUGGUCAGUAGUUGUGUGGUCAGUAGUUGUGUGGUCAGUGGUUGUGUGGUCAGUGGUUGUGGUCAGUAGUUGUGGUCAGUAGUUGUGGUCAGUAGUUGUGUGGUUGUGGUCAGUAGUUGUGGUCAGUAGUUGUGGUCAGUAGGUGUGUGGUUGUGGUCAGUAGUUGUGGUCAGUAGUUGUGGUCAGUAGUUGUGGUCAGUAGUUGUAUGGUUGUAGUCAGUAGUUGUGGUCAGUAGUUGUGGUCAGUAGUUGUGGUCAGUAGUUGUGGUCAGUAGUUGUGGUCAGUAGUUGUGGUCAGUAGUUGUGUGGAUGUGGUCAGUAGUUGUGGUCAGUCGUUGUGUAAUUGUGGUUGUGUUGCAGGUUCUUUGGGCCCUACAGUAUGGACGUGGUCACCAGCACAGCCUUCAGUGUGGACAUUGACUCUCUGAACAACCCUUCAGACCCUUUGUGGUCAGUAGUUGUGUGGUUUUGGUCAGUCGUUGUGGUCAGUAGUUGUUUGGUCAGUAGUUUUGGUCAGUAGUUGUAGUUGUAUUCGGACCACUACAUUAUAUCUAGACCUGUCUGCUGCCUUUGAUACAGUGAACCAUCAGAUCCUCCUCUCCACCCUCUCCGAGCUGGGCAUCUCCGGCGCGGCUCACUCCUGGAUUGCGUCCUACCUGACCGGUCGCUCCUACCAAGUGGCGUGGCGAGAAGCUGUCUCCGCACCACGUGCUCUCACCACUGGUGUCCCCCAGGGCUCAGUUCUAGGCCCUCUCCUUUUCUCCCUAUACACCAAGUCACUUGGCUCUGUCAUAUUCUCACAUGGCCUCUCCUAUCAUUGCUACGCUGACGAUACACAACUAAUCUUCUCCUUUCCCCCUUCUGAUAACCAGGUGGCGAAUCGCAUCUCUGCAUGUCUGGCCGACAUAUCAGUAUGGAUGACGGAUCACCACCUCAAGCUGAACCCUGGCAAGACGGAGCUGCUCUUCCUCCCGGGGAAGGACUGCCCGUUCCAUGAUCUCGCCAUCACGGUUGACAACUCCGUUGUGUCCUCCUCCCAGAGUGCGAAGAGCCUUGGCGUGACCCUGGACAACACCCUGUCGUUCUCCGCUAACAUCAAGGCGGUGACCCGAUCCUGCAGGUUCAUGCUCUACAACAUUCGGAGAGUACGACCCUGCCUUACACAGGAAGCGGCACAGGUCCUAAUCCAGGCACUUGUCAUCUCCCGUCUGGAUUACUGCAACUCGCUGUUGGUUGGGCUCCCUGCCUGUGCCAUUAAACCCCUACAACUCAUCCAGAAUGCCGCAGCCCGUCUGGUGUUCAACCUUCCCAAGUUCUCUCACGUCACCCCCCUCCUCCGCACACUCCACUGGCUUCCAGUUGAGGCUCGCAUCCGUUACAAGACCAUGGUGCUUGCCUAUGGAGCAGUGAGGGGAACGGCACCUCCGUACCUUCGGGCUCUGAUCAGUCCCUACACCCAAACGAGGGCAUUGCGUUCAUCCACCUCUGGCCUGCUGGCUCCCCUUCCUCUGCGGAAGCAUAGCUCCCGCUCAGCCCAGUCAAAACUGUUCGCUGCUCUGGCACCCCAAUGGUGGAACAAGCUCCCUCACGACGCCAGGACGGCGGAGUCACUCACCACCUUCCGGAGACAUUUGAAACCCCACCUCUUUAAGUAAUCCUUCUACCCCCCCCCCCCCCUCCCCAAAAAUUUGUAAAGUGGUUAUCCCACUGGCUAUAGGGUGAAUGCACCAAUUUGUAGUCGCUCUGGAUAAGAGCGUCUGCUAAAUGACGUAAAUGUGCCCUUGAGCAAGGCACUUAACCCUAAUUGCUCCUGUAAGUCGCUCUGGAUAAGAGCGUCUGCUAAAUGACUAAAAUGUAAAAUGUAAAUGUUAGUAGUUGUGAGGUCAGCAGUUGUGUGGUCAGUAGUUGUGUGGUCAGUAGUUGUGUGGUCAGUAUUUGUGGUCAGUCGUUGUGGUCAGUAGUUGUGUGGCCAGUAGUUGUGGUCAGUAGUUGUGGUCAGUAGUUGUGGUCAGUAGUUGUGUGGUAACUAUUUGUGGUCAGUAGUUGUGUGGUCAGUAGUUUUGGUCAGUAGUUGUGUGGUCAGUAGUUUUGGUUAGUAGUUGUUUGGUCUGUAGUUGUAUGGUUAGUAGUUGUGUGGUCAGUAGUUGUGGUCAGUAGUUGUGGUCAGUAGUUGUGGUCAAUAGUUGUGGUCAGUCGUUGUGGUCAGUAGUUGUGUGGUCAGUAGUUGUGGUCAGUAGUUGUGGUCAGUAGUUGUGGUCAGUAGUUGUGGUCAGUAGUUGUGGUCAGUAGUUGUGGUCAGUAGUUGUGGUCAGUAGUUGUGUGGUCAGUAGUUUUGGUCAGUCGUUGUGUGGUCAGUAGUUUUGGUUAGUAGUUGUGUGAUCUGUAGUUGUGUGGUUAAUAGUUGUGUGGUUAGUAGUUGUGUGGUCAGUAGUUGUGGUCAGUAGUUGUGGUCAGUCGUUGUGGUCAGUAGUUUUGUGGCCAGUAGUUGUGGUCAGUAGUUGUGUGGCCAGUAGUUGUGGUCAGUAGUUGUGUGGAUGUGGUCAGUAGUUGUGUGGCCAGUAGUUGUGGUCAGUAGUUGUGGUCAGCAGUUGUGUGGCCAGUAGCUGUGGUCAGUAGUUGUGGUCAGUAGUUGUGUGGUCAGUAGUUGUGGUCAGUCGUUGUGGUCAGUAGUUUUGUGGCCAGUAGUUGUGGUCAGUAGUUGUGUGGCCAGUAGUUGUGGCCAGUAGUUGUGGCCAGUAGUUGUGGUCAGUAGUUGUGGUCAGUAGUUGUGUGGAUGUGGUCAGUAGUUUUGGUUAGUAGUUGUGUGAUCUGUAGUUGUGUGGUUAAUAGUUGUGUGGUUAGUAGUUGUGUGGUCAGUAGUUGUGGUCAGUAGUUGUGGUCAGUAGUUGUGGUCAGUCGUUGUGGUCAGCAGUUGUGUGGCCAGUAGUUGUGUAGUUGUGGUCAGUAGUUGUGGUCAGAUGUUGUGUGGAUGUGGUCAGUAGUUGUGGUCAGUAGUUGUGUGGUUGUGGUCAGUAGUUGUGUGGAUGUGGUCAGUAGUUGUGGUCAGUAGUUGUGUGGUUGUGGUCAGUAGUUGUGUAAUUGUGGUUGUGUUGCAGGUUCUUUGGGCCCUACAGUAUGGACGUGGUCACCAGCACAGCCUUCAGUGUGGACAUUGACUCUCUGAACAACCCUUCAGACCCCUUCGUCUCCAACGUCAAGAAGAUGCUCAAGUUUGACAUGUUAAACCCACUGUUCCUCCUAAUCGGUGAGACCACACACACACACACACACACACACACACACAUACACACACACACACACACACACACACACACACACGGAAGCAAAGUUGUACUUUUUAAUCACAUAAAGUGAUGUAACUUUUUAUGAAAGGUUUCUCUUUUCCUCUCCCCUCCUUCUCCAGCGUUGUUCCCCUUCACGGGUCCUAUCUUGGAGAAGAUGAAGUUUUCUUUCUUCCCGACUCCGGUGACAGACUUCUUUUACGCUUCGCUGGCUAAGAUCAAAUCUGGACGCGGCACUGGGAACACAACUGUAAACGUUUUAUAUUUGUAUUGAAAUAUUCUGAAUUUAUAUAUUGAACAAAAAUAUAAACGCAACAUGCAAAAAUGUCAACGAUUUUACUGAGUUACAGUUCAUAUAAGGAAAUCAGUCAAUUGAAAUAAAUAGAUUAGGCCCUAAUCUAUGGAUUUCACAUGACUGGGCAGGGGCGCAGCUAUGGGUUGGCCUGGGAGGGCAUAGGCCCACCCACUGGGGAGCCAGGCCCAGCCAAUGAGAACGAGUUUUUCCUCACAAAAGGGCUUUAUUACAGAAAUAAAUACUCCUCAGUUUAAUCAGCUGUCCGGGUGGCUGGUCUCAGACGAUCCCGCAGGUGGAGAUCCUGGGCUGGUGUGGUUACACGUGGUCUGCGGUUGUAAGGCCAGUUGGACGCAUUGUCAAUGUCUCUAAAACAACGUUGGAGGCGGUUUAUGGUAGAGAAAUUAACAUUCAAUUCUCUGGCAACAGCUCUGGUGGAGGGGGGGUACUGUCACGCCCUGACUCUGGGGACUCUUAUUUGUUGAGUCAGGGUGUGUAUUUUCUAUGUGGUGAUUGUCUAUGUCGUAUAUUCUAGGAUUUGUAUUUCUAUGUUGGCCGGUGUGGUUCCCAAUCAGAGGCAGCUGUCGCUCGUUGUCUCUGAUUGGGGACCAUACUUAGGCAGCCUAUUGGCACUAGUGUGUUGUGGGAUCUUGUUCCGUGUAGGUAUGUUUUGUGUUCUACCUUGGACUUCACGUUUCGUUUGUUUAUUGUUUUGUCGGUUGUUUAUUCAUUAAAAUAAACAUGUACGCAUAUCACGCUGUGCCUUGGUCCGUCCCUUUCAUCAACGAUCGUGACAAUUCCUGCAUGCCAAUUGCACGCUCCCUCAAAACGUAAAACAUCUGUGGUAUUGUGUGACAAAACUGCACAUUUUAGAGUGGCCUUUUAUUGUCCACAGCACAAGGUGCACCUGUGUAAUGAUCAUGCUGUUUAAUCAGCUUCUUGAUAUGCCACACCUGUCAUGUGGAUGGAUUAUAUUGGCAAAGGAGAAAUGCUCACUAACAAGGAUGUAAACAAUAUUGUGUACACAACUUUUGAGAAAUCAGCUUUUUGUGAGUAUGGAACAUUUCUGGGAUCUUUUAUUUCAGCUCAUGAAACAUGGGAACAACACUUUACAUGUUGCAUUUAUAUCUUUGUUCAGUAUAUAUUAUGUUUAGGAAACCUAUGUUUGUCAACGUUUGCUCUCUCCACCUGCCCAUUACUCUCAGGGUGAAACCCUGAGGUCAGGCUGACCGAGACCCCCAGAUGGUCCAUGAACGCCUUCCAGACCCUUGAUGUAAACUGGGGACCCCGAUCAGACACUAUAUCCUCAGGUACCCCGUAGUGCCGGAAGACGUGUGUAAACAGGGCCUCCGCGGUCUGUAGGGCAGUAGGGAAACCGGGCAAAGGAAUGAGACAACAGGUCUUAGAAAACCGAUCCACAACAACCAGGAUCGUGGUGUUACCUUGUGACGGAGGAAGAUCCGUAUCAAAGUCCACCGAUAGGUGUGACCACAGCCGUUGUGGAACGGGGAGAGGUUGUAAUUUCCCUCUGGGCAGGUGUCUAGGUGCCUUGCACUGGGCGCACACCGAAAAGGAAGAAACAUAAACCCUCACGUCCUGAGCUAAGGUAGGCCACCAGCACUUCCCACUAAGACAGCGCACUGUCCGACCGAUGCCAGGAUGGCCAGAAGAGGGUGACGUAUGAGCCCAAUAAAUCAAACAAUCGCGAACCUCAGACGGAACGUACACACGACCCACUGGACACUGGGGGAGGAGUGGGCUCCGUGUGUAACGCCCGCUCGAUGUCCGCGUCAACCUCCCAUACCACAGGUGCCACCAGACAAGAAGCCGGAAGUAUGGGAGUGGGCUCCCUCGUCCGCUCCACUGAGUCAUACAGCCGGGACAGAGUGUCUGCCUUAGCAUUCUGGAAACCUGGUCUGUACGAUAGGGUGAACACAAAACGCGUGAAAAACAUGGCCCACCUUGCCUGACGAGGGUUCAGUCUCCUCGCUGCCCGUAUGUACUCCAGAUUGCGGUGGUCAGUCAAAAUGAGAAAAGGGUGUUUUGCCCCGCUCAAGCCAAUGUCUCCACACCUUAAGAGCUUUCACAACAGCUAACAGCUCCCGGUCCACCACAUCAUAGUUUUGCUCCGCCGGGCUGAGCUUCUUCAAAAAUAAAGCACAGGGGCGGAGUUUGGGAGGCGUACCCGAGCGAUGAGACAAUACAGCUCCUAUCCCAGCCUCGGACGCGUCCACCUUGACUGUGAAUUGCAAGGAAGGAUCCGGAUGAGCCAGCACGGGAGCCAAGGUGAACAGCACCUUCAGCUGACCAAAAGCCCUUCCGCCUCAGCUGACCACUGCAGGUGCACCGGUCCGCCCUUCAGUAAAGAGGUUAUGGGAGCUGCUACCUGGCCAAAGCCCCGGAUAAAUCUCCGGUAGCAGUUGGCAAACCCCAAAAAUCGCUGCACCUCCUUUACCGUGGUAGGAGUCGGCCAAUUACGCACGGCUGAAAUGUGGUCACACUCCAUCUCGACCCCUGACUCUGACAGGCGGUAUCCUAAGAAAGAGACGGACUGUUUGAAGAACAAACAUUUCUCAGUCUUAACGUACAGGUCAUGCUCCAACAGUCUACCAAGCACCUUGCACACCAGGGACACAUGCGUGUAGCGGAGUAUAUGAGAAUAUAAUCUAUAUACACCACUACACCCUGUCCGUGCAGGUCCCUGAUAAUCUCAUCGACAAAGGAUUGAAAGACUGAGGGAGCAUUCAUCAACCCGUACGGCAUGACGAGGUACUCAUAGUGACCAGAGGUGGUACUAAAUGCCGUCUUCCACUCGUCCCCCUCCCGGAUACGGACCAGAUUGUACGCGCUCCUGAGGUCCAAUUUUGUGAAGAAGUGCGCCCCAUGCAAUGACUCUGUCAUACUAGCUAUGAGAGGUAGAGGAUAGCUGUAUUUUACGGUUAUCUGAUUUAGACCUCGAUAGUCAAUGCACGGGCGUAAACCUCCAUCCUUCUUCUUCACAAAAAAUAAACUUGAGGAGGCAGGGGAAGUGGAGGGCCGACUGUAUCCCUGUCCCAGAGAUUCGGUGACAUAUUUCUCCAUAGCCACCGUCUCCUCCUGUGACAGAGGAUACACGUGACUCCUGGGAAGUGCAGCACCCUCCCGGAGAUCUAUCGCACAAUCCCCUCGUCGAUGGGGUGGUAAUUGAGUCGCCUUCUUCUUACAGAAGGCGAGAGCCAAAUCGGCAUAUUCUGAGAGAAUGUGCAUUGUGGAGACAUGGUUUGGACUCUCCACCGUAGUUGCCCCUACGGAAACACCUACACACCUUCCCGAGCACUGAGGUGACAAUCCCCUAAGAGCCCUCUAUUGCCAUGAAAUCCUGGGGUCAUGGGUGGCUAGCCAGGGAAGCCCCAGCACCACGGGAAACACAGGAGAAUCAAUAAGGAAGAGACACAUUUUUUCCUCAUGACCCCCCUGCGUCUCCAUACGGAGUGGAACUGUGACCUCCCUAAUCAUACCCGACCCUACAUGGCGACUAUCUAGGGCACGUAUGGGGAAGGGCACAUCUACAGGCAAUAUAGGAAUCCCUAAUUUAUGCGCAACCAGCCUAUCCAUAAAAUUCCCAGCUGCACCGGAAUCUACGAGCGCCUUAUACUGCGAAUGUGGGGAAAACCCAGGGAAAUUUACAUUGACCAUCAUGUGAGCAACAGGGAGCUCUGGGUGAGUUGGGUGCCUACUCACCUGGGAUGGCCCACCAGGUCCCUGCCUGCUGCUCUCUCCUGCAACGGCCCGCAGUGUGUCCUCUGCGGCCACAGUUGGUGCAGGAGACCACCCCCUUGCAGAGUCUCUCCACAUCAGCACCUCCAAGCUCCAUAGGAGUGGAGUCGGAAGUGCUGGGGGAUGGACUGGACGGACCCUGAUCCGGAUGUCCGCGGGUGGCCAACAGGUUAUCCAGCCGGAUCGAUAAAUCUACCAGCUGGUCCAGGUUUAGAUUCGUGUCCCUGCAGGCCAGCUCCCUACGAGCGUCCUCCCGUAGACUGCAUCGGUAGUGGGUCAAUCAGGGCCCUCUUAUUCCAUCCCGCGCUGGCUGCCAGUGUCCUGAAAUCCAGGGCGAAGUCCUGUGCGCUCCUCCUUCCCUGUCUGAGGUGAAACAUACGCUCCCCUGCUGCUCUCCCCAUCCGGCGGAUGAUCGAAAUACUGCCCGGAAAACGGCGGGUAAAAAUCCUCGUAACGUACGGACUCAGCAUCUUUUCCACCCCACUCCGCGUUGGCCCAUCCCACCGCUCUGCCCUACAGACAGGAGAUGAGGGCGGACACGCUCUCGUAUCCCGAGGGAGCCGGGUGGAUGGUUGCCAGGUAGAGCUCCACCUGGAGCAGGAAACCCUUACACCCGGCAGCUGUCCCAUCGGGAGCGAGAGCCAAAUUCCACUGGAUCUAGGGUUUGAUGGUCUUUGAUGGGGAAGAAAUCAGAGGAGGAGGAAGUGUAGGGAAACCACCUCUCUCCCAUCGAUCCAUGGUGUUCACCACUCGAUCCACAGCAAGACCUAGAGUCUGCAGCACGGUCGAGUUGCUGCUGGAUGCGUUCCUCCACCGAGGCGCUGGGAUCGGACGUGCCUGCUGACUCCAUAGAUGUGCGUGAUUCUGUCAACGUCUGGGUGAAGUGGUGAAACGGAAUCAGGCGCAGGACACAGAACUGAGAAAUUGAUUUACUAAAACAAAAGUAAACCAUAACAAACCCUCCACGCAGGGAAGAGCAGUACAACAGCUCACCAAAACGACGUAAAACAAUGGACAAUCACGCACAAACCCAGGAGGGAAAACAGAGGUCAUUAAAGGGAAAUAAAUAAGCAUAAUGGGUAACAGGUGUGAAUAAUAAAGACAGGACUAGUGUAACACAGAAACAUAGAUCGGUGGCAGCUAGUACUCCGGUGACGACGAACGCCGAAGCCUGCCCGAACAAGGAGGGGAGGCAGCCUCGGAGGAAGUCGUGACAGUUUGUGUUGGUUGUGAUUGAACCAGAGCCAGUAGAAUCUGGUUGUGUUGGUUGUGAUUGGACCAGAUCCAGUAGAAUCUGUUUGUGUUGGUUGUGAUUGGAUGGAUUUUUACAUCAUUUAUUUCUGCUUCCAGAGUCGGGUGGAUUUCUUACAGCUGAUGAUCGACUCUCAGAAAGGCAGCGACACAAAGACAGGAGAGGAACAGACUAAAGGUACCUGCCGAACACACACCUGGAAACUACUGUUACAAACACACACCUGUAAACUACUGUUACAAACACACACCUGUUAACUACUGUUACAAACACUCACCUGUAAACUACUGUUACAAACACACACCUGUAAACUACUGUUACAAACACACACCUGUAAACUACUGUUACAAACACACACCUGUAAACUACUGUUACAAACACACACCUGUUAACUACUGUUACAAACACACACCUGUAAACAAUUCUCUCCCCCCCCCCCCCCCCCCCACACACAGGACUGACCGAUCAUGAGAUCUUGUCUCAGGCCAUGAUCUUUAUCUUUGCCGGCUACGAGACCAGCAGCAGUACUCUGAGUUUCCUGGCCUAUAACCUGGCUACCAACCCACAUGUCAUGACCAAACUGCAGGAGGAAAUAGAUACUGUGUUCCCCAACAAGGUAACCCCGGUGCCAGAUGUGGUGAGGUACUGACGUGUGUGUAACCCCGGUGCCAGAUGUGGUGAGGUACUGAUGUAUGUGUAACCCCGGUUCAGGCUCCUAUCCAGUACGAAGCUCUGAUGCAGAUGGACUAUCUGGACAGUGUGUUGAACGAGUCUCUGAGACUGUACCCAGUCUCCCCCCGACUGGAGAGGGUCGCCCAGAAGACGGUGGAGAUCAACGGCAUCGUCAUCCCCAAAGACUGCGUUGUCAUGGUUCCCACGUGGACCCUCCACCGCGACCCAGAGAUCUGGUCCGACCCUGAGGAGUUCAAACCAGAGAGGUACUGGACCGCAUCGUAACCACAGCACAACCACAAUACAACCACAGCACAACCACAAUACAACCAUAUCACAACCAUAGCACAACCACAAUACAACCACAACACAACCAUAGCACAACCACAAUACAACCACAACACAACCACAACACAACCACAACACAAGGAUAAACACACUGCUGCAAUGUAACCACAACUACAGUGCAUCAUUAUACUGCAGUGCAAUGUGUUGUGUCUGAACCACAACCACAAAUCAACUACAAUACAAUGUGUAAUGUGACUGAACCACAACCACAAAUCAACUACAAUACAAUGUGUAAUGUGUCUGAACCACAACCACAAAUCAACUACAAUACAAUGUGACUGAACCACAACCACAAAUCAACUACAAUACAAUGUGUAAUGUGACUGAACCACAACCACAAAUCAACUACAAUACAAUGUGUAAUGUGACUGAACCACAACCACAAAUCAACUCCAAUCCAAUGUGUAAUGUGUCUGCCCUCUCCCUGUCCAGGUUCAGUAAGGAGAACAAGGAGUCUAUUGACCCGUACACGUACAUGCCGUUCGGGGCAGGGCCCAGGAACUGUAUCGGGAUGCGUUUCGCCCUGAUCAUAAUCAAACUGGCCAUGGUCGAGAUCCUCCAGAGUUUCACAUUCUCCGUCUGCGACGAGACCGAGGUGAGAUGGUCACCUGAGCAGACGCACCACCUGUUUUAGCAUGGUCACCACCUGUUUUAACAUGGUCACCACCCAUUUUAACAUGGUCACCACCUGUUUUAACAUGUUCACCACCUGUUUUAACAUGGACCUGUUUUAACAUGUUCACCACCAGUUUUAGCAUGAUCACCACCUGUUUUAGCAUGGUCACAACCUGUUUUAACAUGGUCACCACCUGUUUUAACAUGGUCACCACCUGUUUUUGCAUGGUCACCACCUGUUUUAACAUGGUCAGCGCCUGUUUUAGCAUGGUCAAUGCCAUCGUUGCCAAUAUAGAAGAAUAAGGAAGAAUCUCAAUUGUCUUUCCUUGAUUCCUUAUGUUCUCUAUCCUCACCUCCUCCUCAAAACCCAUUGGAUGAGAAGGAAUACGAGGAAUCAAGGAAAUGCAAUUGAGAUUCUCCCUAGUCCUGUAUUCAACUCUGAAACCUGUUUUAACAUGGACCUGUUUUAACAUGGUCACCACCUGUUUUAACAUGGACCUGUUUUAAAAUGGUCACCACCUGUGACCCUGUUUUAACAUGGUCACCGCCUGUUUUAACGUGAACCUGUUUUAACAUGGUCAACACCUGUUUUAAAAUGGUAACCACCUGUUUUAAAAUGGACCUGUUUUAAAAUGGUCACCACCUAUUUUAACAUGGUCACCACCUGUUUUAACAUGGUCACCACCUGUUUUAAAAUGGUCAACACCUGUUUUAGCAUGGUCACCACCUGUUUUAACAUGGCCACCACCUGUUUUAACAUGGUCACCACCUGUUUUAACAUGGACCUGUUUUAGAAUAGUCACCACCUGUUUUAACAUGGACCUGUUUUAACAUGUUCACCACCAGUUUUAUCAUGGACCUGUUUUAGCAUGGUCACCACCUGUUUUAACAUGGACCUGUUUUAACAUGGUCACCACCUGUUUUAGCAUGGACCUGUUUUAACAUGGUCACCACCUGUUUUAACAUGGACCUGUUUUAAAAUGGCCACCACCUGUUUUAACAUGGACCUGUUUUAACAUGGUCACAGCCUGUUUCAACGUGAACCAGUUUUAACAUGGUCAACACCUGUUUUAAAAUGGUCACCACCUGUUUUAGCAUGGACCUGUUUUAACAUGGUCACCACCUAUUUCAACAUGGACCUGUUUUAACAUGGUCACCACCUAUUUUAACAUGAACCUGUUUCAGCAUGGUCACCACCUGUUUUUAAAUGGUCACCACCUGUUUUAGCAUGGUCACCACCUGUUUUAACAUGGUCACCACCUGUUUUAACAUGGUCACCACCUGUUUUAACAUGGACCUGUUUUGGCAUGGUCACCACCUGUUUUAACAUGGUUACCACCUGUUUUAACAUGGUCACCACCUGUUUUAACAUGGUCAUCACCUGUUUUAACAUGGUCACUGCCUGUUUUAACGUGAACCCGUUUUAACAUGGUCAACACCUGUUUUAAAAUGGUCACCACCUAUUUUAACAUGGUCAACACCUGUUUUAACAUGGUCACCACCUGUUUUAAAAUGGUCACUACCUGUUUUAGCCUGGACCUGUUUUAACAUGGUCACACCUAUUUUAACAUGGACUGUUUUAAAAAUGGUCACCACUAUUUUAACAUGGACCUGUUCAGCAUGGCACCACCCUGUUGUUUUUAAAAUGGUCACACCCUGUUUUAGCCUGAGUCACACAGCCUGUUUUAACAUGGUCACCAACCUGUUUUAAAUGGUUCACCACCUAUUUUAGCAUGGACAUGUUUAACAUGGUAACACCUGUUAUUUAAAAUGGUCAUCCACCUGUUUAGCAUGGUCACCACCUGUUUUACAUGGUACCAAACGGUUUUAACAUGGACCUGUUUUGGCAUGGUCACCACCUGUUUUAACAUAGUUGCCACCUGUUUUAAAAUGGUCACCACCUGUUUUAGCAUGGACCUGUUUUAACAUGGUCACCACCUGUUUUAGCAUGGACCUGUUUUAACAUGGUCACCACAUAUUUUAACAUGGACCUGUUUUAACAUGGUCACCACCUAUUUUAACAUGGACCUGUUUCAGCAUGGUCACCACCUGUUUUAAAAUGGUCACCACCUGUGUUAACAUGGUCACCACCUGUUUUAACAUGGUCACCACCUAUUUUAGCAUGGACCUGUUUUAACAUGGUCACCACCUGUUUUAACAUGGACCUGUUUUGGCAUGUCACCACCUGUUUUAACAUGGUUACCACCUGUUUUAACAUGGUCACCACCUGUUUUAACAUGGUCACCACCUGUUUUAACAUGGUCACCACCUGUUUUAACAUGGUCACCACCUGUUUUAACAUGGUCAGCGCCUGUUUUAGCAUGGUCAAUGCCAUCGUUGCAAAUAUAGAAGAAUAAGGAAGAAUCUCAAUUGUCUUUCCUUGAUUCCUCGCGGUUCUCUAUCCCCGCCUCCUCCUCAAAACCCAUUGGAUGAGAAAGAAUGCGAGGAAUCAAGUAAAUGCAAUUGAGAUUCUCCCUAGUCCUGCAUUCAACUCUAUGUUGACACUUCACACAUAAAGACACUGGGGGGCGCUCUAGAUCAGUGGUUAGGUUACUGUUAGGACUGGGUCAGGGGAAUCUGGUCCUAGAUCAGUGGUUAGGUUAGUAUCUAAUGGUUAAUCUAAUCACACACACACACACAUAGCACACAUUGUCCAUCUCCAACAUCCAUAUGCUCAGUUGUUCUGUCAUGUUAUUCUCUAUAGAUCCUGUUGGAUAUGGACAACCAGGGUUAUGUUCUGUCAUGUUAUUCUCUAUAGAUCCUGUUGGAGAUGGACAACCAGGGUUAUAUUCUGUUCUGUUAUUCUCUAUAGAUCCUGUUGGAGAUGGACAACCAGGGUUCUGUUCUGUUCUGUUAUUCUCUAUAGAUCCUGUUGGAGAUGGACAACCAGGGUUAUGUUCUGUUCUGUUAUUCUCUAUAGAUCCUGUUGGAGAUGGACAACCAGGGUUAUGUUCUGUUCUGUUAUUCUCUAUAGAUCCUGUUGGAGAUGGACAACCAGGGUUAUGUUCUGUUCUGUUAUUCUCUAUAGAUCCUGUUGGAGAUGGAUAACCAGGGUUCUGUUCUGUCAUGUUAUUCUCUAUAGAUCCUGUUGGAGAUGGACAACCAGGGUUAUGUUCUGUUCUGUCAUGUUAUUCUCUAUAGAUCCUGUUGGAGAUGGACAACCAGGGUUAUGUUCUGUUCUGUUUUGUUAUUCUUUAUAGAUCCUGUUGGAGAUGGACAGCCAGUUUCUGCUGAUGCCUAAACGACCAAUCAAACUGAGGCUGGAGCCCCGUAGCAACACCCCUAGCAACACCACCACCACCUCUCUGAAGAGUCCAAACACAUGACCAAAUGCAGGAGUACCUUACCCUACCAUCGAGCGAGCGAGCGAGAGAGCUAGCGAGCGAGCGAGCGAGCGAGCGAGAGCGAGCGAGCGAGCGAGCGAGCGAGCGAGCAGCGAGCGAGCGAGCGAGCGAGAGUCGAGCGAGCGAGCGAGCGAGCGAGGAGCUAUACUAAGCUAUCUAUCUAUCGAU